GGUCACAUUGUACGGUCACAGCUGUCACCCUCCAGAGAGCAAGGUCCCCUCACCUCAUUACCAUCCACCCUUCCUUUGCCCCACUCUUCUUAGCACUUGCUCCCUCAGAAUGGUAUCACAGUCUACUUGGGGACUUGGGUUUCCUCCAUUUCCCAUCAUUGGACAGUAGGUCCCAGUCCAGAGGGGGCUGCAUCCCCAGCGACAAGAACAGCGCCUGGCACCUAUAGAUGCACAAUUAUCUGCUGAAUCACUGAAAGGAGCAAGGGCAGAGUUCCCUUCAGUCUAUCUCCAGCUCCUGUGCAGGGCCUGCCCUUCAGUAAAUGUUUCUCGUACUGAAUGAAUGAAAGAGUGAAUGAACCAACCAACCAGCCAAUCAACUGAUGUUGGAAUGAGUCUAAGUACGGGUCCCACCCCAGCCCCGGAAGCCACUUAGCCUGACAGCAAACACGGGCAUGGCCCGGCCACUCCACCCGCACACACCCUCAAUGCCCUCUUUUCUAAGGGGCGGCAAACUCCUGAAAGCUCUCGGAAGUCUGUAAUAUUUUAACAUAGGCGCCUCUAAGGCCUCAUUCAUUUCCUUAGUAGUCACUGAAUACACUUGUGCGGGCGCCUCCCCGGACCCGGCCCUCCUAGAACCGAGAGUUUUGGUUCCGACGGGCACAGCCGGAGUCCGCGGAGUCCAGCCCGGGCACCCGACGCCGCCUGGCCCGCAGCCGCCCGAACUUGAACUGGACCUCCGGGCCCGCGCGGCUGCGGGACCCCCGCGCUGCGCCUCCAAAGGGGGAGCCCAGGCGGGCCAGGGAGUAGGGCGAGGCUGUGGGCGGGGCCUAGUUGGGGCGGCCCCGGCAUUGGCUCCGCGGGCAGGGGGCGGGGCUUUAGGGGCCACUGUCAGCACUGUAAGUUCACAGCCCAGGUCUGUCCCAUCGCCGCGCGGUCCAGCUCCUGAGCUUUCGCCGCCCGCCGGUCAGUCGCUUGAACGCGCUCAAGGCGCUGGGGCAAAAACUGCAUUAGGCUUAGGCCCUGCCCAGAAGGAACUCCUAACGGAGAGGAGGAGAAAAAGGAAGCUCUGAGCAGGUGACCUCACUUCCAGCUCCUCCGCCCUGGACCAGAGAAAAGCUGGCGAGGACGAGCCCAGAGAGCAUCACUGCCUCCGAGCUCUGCGCCUUCCUGCUUCCAGUUUUCAGACGAGUUUUCAACCCUCUUGGGAGAAAGUGAUUUUUGUUAUCUCGAUCCUCUGACUUCAUUGAUCGUUUAUCUUUCUUUUCCAAAUUCCUUGGGCCAACUUUGGUCACACCACACGCGCUUGGCAAGUGUUUGGUGUCUGGAAACCUCCCUCUGGGUGUUUCUUGAGGGUGGUGAGAGGAGGCAGCGGAGGCCGUGGUCCUGCAAGCAGACUGUCCCGGCCUGGCUGGUGAGGUCGCGAUGUCCACCAAGGUGCCCAUCUAUCUGAAGCGCGGCAGCCGCAAAGGCAAGAAGGAGAAGCUGCGGGACCUGCUGUCCUCAGACAUGAUCAGCCCACCACUGGGGGACUUCCGCCACACCAUUCACAUCGGCAGUGGUGGCGGCAGUGACAUGUUCGGGGACAUCUCCUUCCUGCAAGGCAAGUUCCACCUCCUGCCGGGGACGGCGGUCGAGGAGGCCGAGGAGGAUGGUGGCUUUGAGCUGCCCUUCCAGUUCACACGCACGGCCACCCUGUGUGGGCGGGAGCUCCCCGACGGGCCGUCCCCUCUGCUCAAGAACGCCAUCUCCCUCCCGGUCAUCGGCGGGCCCCAGGCACUCACCUUGCCCGCCGCCCAGGCCCCACCCAAACCCCCUCGCCUGCACCUGGAGACCCCUCAGCCUUCCCCACAGCCCUCCCCGCAGGAGGCAGGGAGUGUGGACAUCUGGCGGAUUCCAGAGGCUGCCUCGGUCCACAGUGGGCUGACCCCCGAGUCUGGGGCUGAGGAGCCCUUCCUGUCCCACGCCAGCUCCCUGCUCUCCCUGCACGUAGACCUGGGGCCUUCCAUCCUGGACGACGUUCUCCAGAUCAUGGACCAGGACCUGGGCCACCUGCAGAUCCCCACAUAGGACCCAAGAAUGGCCAGGCUGGGGUGAAUGCCAGAGGCAGUUGGUGGACACGGCCCUGAUCUAGAAGUCGGGGUCCCAAGGUUCCACCUGCGUGGUUGCUGGCCAGUGAUUUCUCACUUUGAGCCUUUGUUUCCCUCCCUCCCACCCUCUCCCCGUGGACAGAGUGGCCUCUUUGCUUUCCCCUAAGCCCCACGAGGGUAUGUGUAGACGUCAGCCCAAAGUGCCCUGUGCAUCUUGGCCCACCCAGACCCCCACUGCCAACUGCUCCUCAGAUCCCUUGGCCUAAGGCUCUGCUGAAAUGGACUCUGCUUUUCACCUCCCUCCGCCUCAGCCCCAUCAACGCCCUGCUCGGGGGUGGAGGGUGAGGGAAGACGUGGGGCACAGCCAGCUGGAUCUUUGGCUCCGUGUCCUUAACUGGGAAUAUGGCAUCAGUGACCGAUGUCCCUCCGCCCCACCCCUCCCACAUGACCGGGGGAUCCUGGUUGCAAUAAAACUUGCUGCUGCUGGUACUUGCGCUCGCCGUACCCUGCCCCUAGGCUCCUCUUGAAGUCAGGCCAGGCUCUGGGAGCUGUGGGCUGACCCUGGGGGAGACCCCAGCCCCAGAGGGCCUUGAACAGGGCGGGGCCUGCCUUCUGGAAGAUUGUACCUCAUUCCUAGCCCAUAGUGAGAAUGAAGCAGGAAUGAGCCAAGUGCCAAUUGGGGAUAUUCCGACAUGAAUUCGGGUGUUUGACAAGAGGCGGCCAAGCACCGGAGUAGGCCAGGAGCUGGCCCUGGGGGCUGGGGUUUGUCAGGGAGGCCCAAGAGCCAAGGAAUAACCACAGGCCUGGUGCAGUGGGACCAACAGCUUCUCGGGCGCCAGAGGACUGAGGGAGCACACAGGAGGGCGGGCUGGGCCUGGGGCUGGGAGGGAUCAGCCUUGCUCAUCAGCAGACCCAUCUCAUCAGCGCUGCUUAUUGAGCACCUGCAGUGCAUCAGACAUGCUCCAAGUGCUGGGGCACCAGACAGAUGCAACCUCUGCUCUCCCGGAGCUCACAGUCUAGUGGGGGGAAGGAUAUCAAAUCUGUAAGCAAGUAAAUUUCCAACAGUGUUGAACACUAUGAAGAAAACACCAAGAUCGGUAAUGUCUGAGGCAAGGGUGCGGUGGUGUCGUGAUUCUGAGCCAAACCUGAGGGCUGACGGACUUAUGCUCAUGCAUAAGCAAAGGCACUGAGGCACCUGAGUGAAUGACAGAGAGGGUCCGACAGGUGGCAAAAAAAGCAAAGGUCUCUGAGUCCAACCUAGCCUUGUGAGGCUCAGUUUCCCCAUCUCUAAAGUGCAGUCAGUGAUACCUACCUAACAACCUUGCAGGGUCGUUAAGCAAAUCAGGGAUAACGUUUAUUAGCUUGCACAUGGAAGGUAGUCAAAUAUGGUUAUGG